GAGCUCUGCCUGAAGAAACUGAAUGCUGGGCUGUAAUUAACACAUUUAGGAGGCGUACUUAGCCUAUGACGUAUUAGUUUCCCUUUCUGCUGGAUGAGAAAGUGGCUCCUUUGCCCAAGCUCAAGACCUCUACCAUCCAGACAGCCUCAUAGAAAUCAUCAGGCCAUAGGCACUGCAAGUGAAGAAGAUACAUUUGGUUUUCGAAAAUGAAGAGCCUACUUUUUUUGGUGCUAAUAUCUUUCUGCCGUGCAGAACAUCAUGCUGGCAAUUCCACUCUGAAACAUGACAGGAUUAUUCACAAUCACGAAAAUGGACCAUCUUUAUAUGUGGAGGCAGAACAAACAAAAGUUAUUUCACACCGUGGUGGCAAUGCGACACUGCCUUGCAAAAUUCUUCAUGACCCAUCACCUGCUGUCUCAGCACCUCAUAAAAUCCGAAUUAAGUGGACCAAAUUAACCUCAGAUUACCUCAAAGAAGUGGAUGUCUUUGUUUCCAUGGGACACCACAAGAGAAGUUAUGGCAGCUACCAGGGCAGGGUUUACCUACAGGGAGCAAGUGAAAAUGAUGCUUCUCUGGUAAUCACUGACAUAACACUGGAAGACUAUGGCAGAUAUAAAUGUGAAGUUAUUGAAGGACUUGAGGAUGAUACUGCUAUUAUAUCGCUGGAUUUACAAGGUGUGGUUUAUCCAUUCUUUCCACGACUGGGCAGAUACAACCUGAACUUUCAUGAAGCCCAGCAGGCAUGUCAAGAUCAGGAUUCCAUUAUUGCCUCAUUUGAUCAACUAUAUGAUGCAUGGAGGUCGGGCUUGGACUGGUGUAAUGCAGGCUGGCUUAACGAUGGAUCUGUGCAAUACCCUAUAACAACCCCCAGAGAACCUUGUGGAGGCAGAAACACUGUUCCUGGAGUCCGGAAUUAUGGAUACAGAGACAAAGAUAAAGGCAGAUAUGAUGUCUUCUGUUUCACGUCAAACUUUAAAGGACGUUUCUACUACCUAAUACACCCAACCAAAUUGACAUAUGAUGAAGCGGUGCAGGCUUGCAUCAACGAUGGAGCUCAGAUUGCCAAAGUCGGCCAGAUGUAUGCUGCAUGGAAACUUCUUAGCUAUGAUCGAUGUGAUGGUGGGUGGUUAGCUGAUGGAAGUGUCAGAUAUCCAAUAUCGAAACCAAGAAGAAGAUGCAGUCCUAAUGAGGCAGCCAUCCGCUUUGUAGGCUUCCCAGACAAAAAACACAAGCUAUUCGGUGUUUACUGUUAUAAAGCAUAGAACUGCAACUGCCUAAAAGCACAACAGUAUUAAAAACCAUUAAGAACAUGUGAAAAUUGUAUUUUCAAUAUGAACUCAUGCAAGCUAAAAACUGUGAUAAACCUUUUUAAUUACUGUACAAAUAAUUAUAAAAACAUGUAAUUCUUGUUUAUUGUCUUUUUAAAUUUUCUUUAUAGACCAGCUUUCAUUAGAUAAUAAACAAAAAUUUCAUUUUUUUUUUAAAAAAAAGCUCUAAUUAAAAAAAUAAUAAUUAUACAAUCAUACCAAAUAUAUCCAGUAGUUUAAUGAAUAGGGCAUGCCAUAGCUUAAUGAUUGCUAAUUUUCAAAAGAGGAAUGUAGUUACUCAAAUAGAAGCGUAUAAAGCACAUUUUUUUAUAGUUUAUAUACUGAUAUUUUAAAAUGCACUACCAGGAAAAACAGAUCAGCAGGUUUGAAUUAUGUCCUACUGGUGUUUAAUGUAUUGUUUUGGAAGGAACACCUAGCUUAGAAAGCUUGCAUUUUCACUGUAUUUGCUUUAAAAAUGGCUUGGUUUAUAAACUAUUAUUUGAAAGGAGAAAAAAAAAAAGAUUAACCCAGUCACGUAAUAAUCACAACAAGAAUUGUGUCACCAUUUAAACUGUAUUUUUAUUAUGUAUGAAACAUUGAUGAAUGUUUUAAUUAUUAACAAAUGAACCCUCCUUCCUUUUAACUUGCUAUUAAUGAAGCCUGAGAAGUGUUGUAUUACAGAUACCUUUGAGUAGCAUUACUGGGUUAUUUAACCCCUCUGCUGCCAGAGUGCUGUAGAGACAUUGCACAGCAGUGUACUUUAACUGCCGAAGCUUUUUGAUGAGACACAGGAUCUACUCAGGGCAGUUGUUUAGGUGAACUGCUGGACAGAAAAAAAAACAAAUAAAAUAUAUCAAAUGUAUUAUAUGUUAGCCUUUAAAAUGUUAUUGACUUUAUAAAUAACUAUUUAAUAUUUCACUCCUAUUUACAAAUAAAAUUAUAAUUGGAAAACCAUAUUGAAAUAGUGUUAUAGUUAUAUAAUAUGUAAUCACAAUUAUCAAGCUAUUUGUUUCUGUUAGAAUUUUUCAUAUAUAAAACCAUUAUUUAUAUGGUAGGAUAUGUCUACUAAAUGUUGGUCAUUAUUAUAGUUAAAAAUGACGUUGUGUGUUGAUUCAUUUUACAACACAACAAAUUGAUUUAUAUUUUAACAAUGCACAAGAAAAUUGGUGAAUGUAUUUGCUUAGAGAAAUGAUUUGCUGUUUUUUUAAACAGAUUAUCCCUUUUAAAAAGUAGCGUUAUUUAUAGUAAAAUGUUAGUCUACUUUUCCAUUGUUUACAUUAUCUAUCAACUACAUGUUUUUUCAGUAAAUAUAACUGUGUGGUAUAUCAUAAAUAUAUGUCUCAUGCAACUAAAGGUCACACAGAUAAUUUAAAAUGUGUUAUGGUCACCUAUAGGACAAAGUAAACUUUGGAAAUACCAUAUAAUUUAUAUGUUACAUAUUCUGCCAGUGUGCUUUAAAAUAUUAUAGUACAGAUGUUCACACUGUCCUAUAUGAGGACAUGAUAUGUAUAGAACCACAGUAAAAAAAAGUUAACUAUUAUAAGCAUGUAGAAAAGAAACUUGACUAUUCUAUGUUAAUUAAAUAAUUUUUUUAACGACAAGCACAUACAACAAAAAGAUGCCAUUCAAAGUAUUACUUUAUUAUUUAAAUAAAAAAUAAAAUUAAAAAAAAAUCCCUCUGAUUGAAUAGUUCAGCUCAUUUUAGAAUUUCACACUCUUCUAAAUGUAUGCAGGUACUGUAAUUUAUACUAUCAUAGUUUUAUUAUGAAAAUGUCCCCUGGAUUUUAUAUUUGUAGAAAAUGUAGGCCAUUCUUUACUAAGCUGUUUUACAUCAUGUGCGCAGACCAGUCAAAGGUUCCAUAUGUAUUCCACAAGUCCUCAAAAUCGCCCAUGGUUCUUGUAAUCCUCUUUAUGUGGGGGAGAUGUUGAUAAGAGUAUUUUAUUGGGUAAAAUAGAGGCCUUGUGUUUUCUGGAGAUAAAAACUUGACAUUUGUUCCUGUUUAAGCCUAGAGGGCUGCCAGAUAGUUUCUGUUGAGAUAAACAUAGUGGCAUUAAAAAGUGAUAAGCUAUGAACAUGUAUAAGCAUUUGUGAUCUCUGAUUUGCCUUUUAAUUUGUUUGCAUAUAUAUUUUAACCUCUUAAAUUUAAUGUAAGAUUUUAUCAUGAAGCUUUAAAGGAGAAAUUUUACCCCUUUACUAAAAUUAACAGACAGAUUAUUUAAAUCCAUCUGAACUGUUAACUUUAAUUGAAAAGAUUUUGUGUUCUGAGAAAAAAAAAUAAUCAAAUUUUACCAGCCAAGAAUCCAGCUGUAGCAGAUCAUUCUACUACCUUCACAAUUCCACCGAAAAUGUUUGUGUUACCAUUUCAUUAACAAGAUUUGACUGUCCAUUUUAACAUUUGUGCAAAUAGUCAAUUCUGAUUUGCAGGAGCAAUGUAAAGUUCUGAAUUACAGCUUGAUUUCACAACCACAAAAUAUGGAAUGUAACCCCUUUGGUGAUAAAGAGGGAUCAAAUUAGUUUAUCAGAAAAUUCAAGGAAAAAAGUUUUUUUUAAAUAUAAUAUCCUUUUCAGUUACAAAAAUAUUUCAACACUUUAGGAAAACAGAAAUUAACAGGUACAAUUAAAAGAGCUUUAAAAUAUAUAGUAAAAUUGAAUGCUACCAAUCAAAUAUGAGCUGGGCUUGUUCUACUUAUAAAAAAAAAUAAUGGUGCUGCAGGGAAAAUUAAUUGUAUUAUAUGAAAAAUGUGACAAUAAAUUACUAAUUAUUUUA